CGAUGACGGCACAGACGGGCGACGGGGCUGGCGCUGACGCCAUCAAGCAGCUCGCGGCGCGGACGGGCCGUACCGAGGCCGGUGAGGGGCCAUGGCUCCCGCCGCCGUGCAGCCGCCCGAGAUCCAGUUCGCCCAGCGGCUGGCCGCCAACGAGAAGCGCAUCCGGGACCGCGCCCUGAAGAAACUGCGGGGGUACAUUAGCGCCCGGACCCAGCGCCCCGCCGGUGGCUUCAGCCAGGAAGAACUGCUAAAAAUAUGGAAGGGCCUGUUCUAUUGUAUGUGGAUGCAGGAUAAACCUCUGCUGCAGGAGGAACUUGCAGGCAAUAUCUCACAGCUGAUCCACGUGAUUCAGAAUACAGAGGCUCGACACCUGUUCAUUGGGACAUUUUGGCAGACUAUGAACCGUGAAUGGAUUGGAAUAGACAAUCUGCGUCUUGAUAAGUACUAUAUGCUAAUGCGUAUGGUUUUGAGGCAAUCCUUUGAAGUACUGAAAAGAAACAAAUGGGAUGAAAGUCUAAUUGAACCACUCCUGCAGCUACUAAUGAAAGAAGUUAUGGAGCCAGAUAGCAAUGCUCCCAUUGGGAUAAAGUUACAUUUCAUUGAUAUCUAUCUGGAUGAAUUGGCUAAAGUUGGUGCAAAGGAGCUCACAGCAGACCAGAAUCUGAAGUUCAUUGAACCUUUCUGCAAAAUUGCUGCCAAAUCAAAGGAUCGAUGUGUGCUGCAUGCCGUAGCCACUCGUAUCUUUGAGUUCAUAGUUGAUCAGUCCCCGUACGCCAUCGAGGACCUAAUGAAAGAACUGGGUAGCAACAGUGAUGAGGAAGAUGUCUCUGAAGAAGGCAAACAGGAAAACGAAGAAGUGUUUGAAACCAAAGCAGACAGAUGUUUGCCAAGAAAAUCAGCACAGAGCUCUGACAAAACAGAGGAUGUUUAUGAAAAUGCUGAUGAUGGUAUCGGGACUGUUCUUCAGUUUGAUUAUAAGGCUGUUGCUGACAAACUCUUUGAAUUGGCGAGCAAGAAAAAUACACCUUCCCUUAACAGAAAGCGUCUGUACAAGCUGGUCAAAAAGUUCCAGGACUUAGCAGAAGGCAUCUUCCCCCAAGAUCUUCCUGAAGAUGUUUCUACAGAUGAAGAUGAUGAUGAAUUCAGCAGAGGAAGGCGAAAGAAAAAAGCUGUCAAGCCCUGGGAGAAAAACAAGUUGGAAAAAGUAAAAGAGGAUGAACGAGAGAUGUCAAGUGUGAAGGACGCAUCACUUCCCCAGAAGAAGAGGAAAAAAAGGAAGAAGAGGGAUAGCCCAAGCGCUGAUUCUGGAGCAGCUGAUGGAAAUUGUGAGAAGGAAAUAGCUGAAACAUCUGGAUCUAAUGUUUUUAGCAAGGGACAGGUGCCAGAAAACAACAAGGAAAGGAAGAAAAAGAAAUUGCUAGUAAAUGAGGCAAAUGAGACCACAAAUGUAGCAACUGACACCAGAAAAAAUCACAGUAUCUCUGCACAGAACAGUCCAACUCACGCAGAACAGAGUAAAAAGAGUCAGUUGAAGAAAAUUAAUCCGAAAGUGCAAAAUGUUCCUGUAAAGCCAGCGUGUCAGAAUGGAGCGGCUAAUUCCAGUGAGGCAGAGGAUGUCAGUCCAUCUGUCACACCAUUAACUUCUAAGGUUGUGAAAAAGAAUCAGAAAGCAGGGGCUGUCUUGAUGAAUGGGGAUACCCCUUUGCAGCAGACUGGCAUGAAAUCCAGCAAGGAGGGCUUGCUGGGGACACCGUCAGGAGAUGCAGACUCUGAAUCUGCACCCUCCAGAAAGGUCAAAUUGAAGACAAAGCUAGUUGGUUUGCAAGGGAUGAAGGUCUCCAGCCAGAAAGCAGCAACCUUGAAAAAGAAGAGAAAAGUAAAAGAGGUGUUAAACUCUGUCGAAGCCAAUGGAGUUCUGGAGACUGCAUGCAAGAAAAGCAGGAAGGGGGAGAGCAGCGCUGCUCUGUCACCAUUAAAGAAAAAGAAAGCAAAACCAGGAAGUGAUUUCGUAAAAUUUGAAAAAUCAACUUUACCAAAGCCAGUAUUCUUCAGGAAAGCCAGAAGCACCAUCUCUUCCACCAGGGCAUCCAUGCAGCUGAACAAGCUGCAGCCGUCCAGCUCCAAAAAAGUCACGUUUGGCUUGAAUAAAAACACGACUGCUGAAUUUAAAAAGACUGACAAAAGUAUACUGGUGAGCCCAGAAGGACCCUCCCGUGUGGCUUUCAAUCCUGAACAGAAACCCCGUCAUGGGGUGCUGAAGUCACCCAGAGGUACCCCAGCAGGAGAGCCUCAAAUGAAGAAACCAUUUACUAUAUCAGCUAAGAAGAGACCAACAGCUAUGGACUUCUUUUAAACUAACAGAUGUGGCCUACUUUUGUACAGGACAUUUUGCUAACCUAGAAUGUUCUCUGGAGGUAUUUUGAACUUCUUUAUUUUUUUAAGUUAAUACGAAUUGUAUAUACAAAACUCUGAUUGUGACCUGGGUCAUUGCUAUUUUGACACCACUUCAGCUGUAUCUGGAAAUACUUGUUUUGUCUAUUUACAGAAAAGGAACAAAAUCUAAUCUCUGCUCAGGUUUGGUCUACAAAAAGUGUGGUCUCUGGCCAUGUCAUUCCUGAGAGAUUUGUUCAUUUAAUUAGGGAAUGUUCAGGGUUUGAUUGUUCCGGUGAUUUUUUUUCUUUUAAGCCAGUUUAAGAAAACUUGCACUUCAUGCCAUUAAACUGUCUUUUAUUGGACAGGGCUUAAAAUGGAAAAAGACAAAAUAGAUUUUAAACCUCCCAGUUGUUCAUGUAUUUUAAAAUUUUACCCAUCAUUUUUCAUGUGUCACCCUUGGCAUCCUGUUACUUCUUCUGGAAAUAAUUAUUACCUCAUGUCUCUGUAAAGCCACCAAACUCCAGCUGUUAUUAAACAGAUAGUAAGCAAGCUUUCCCUGGGAUAAGAAGUGCCGAGCCGCUCAAGCGGACGCUGUUGCAAAUAAACCUUCACAGCUGGUUGCCUGCUGACUUGGGAACUUUAUUUUCAAUUAUUUUCAGUAACACAAGUGCCAAAGCUGGCUUACGCUUGUCAUAUUGUAAGCUGGCUGCUUCUAUUUACUGUAACUGAAAUAAUACUCUCGCACGGGAGAAAUCUUUGCUGUUUCCAGCUCUUCCCCCCACCCCCACUGCUGCCUUUCCUGAAGGUCUGACAAGACUCCUAGUUUUCUACUUUAGCAGCUGGUGUCACCACAUUUUACCAGAACACAGAUCUCAUUCAGUGAAUGAACCUCUGAUUGUCCUAAAGUGAGCUAGAUCGGUGUAGCACAUCUUUGGUUAGGACACACGUCUCUAAAAACUUUGGUGCCUCUCAAUACAGGGUAAAACUUUACAGCCCAGACAGCUUAGUUUUGGUUUUGUUGUAGAACCAGAGGAAUUCUUUCAGCAGCAUUUCCUUGCAUUAAGUUUUUAUCUGGAUAUUUUAUUACUACUGUGCAUGUUUGGUUUUUUUUUUCUUUGCUUCUUUGGUAAAGAAUGAGGUGUACCUCUGUGAGAGACCGUUAAUGUAUUCGAACUGCGAGGAAGGGGAGACCAAAAUAAAUACAUUAAGUAAAUAAAAACACUUUUCAUAAGGUUGGAAGAUUUGAAAUCUUUAUUUGAAAGUUUUGCUUACGUGAAUAAGGCAAAGGCUUUGCAGCAAAUCUCCAUAUUAGAGUUCAGCUUCAAAGUGCAACCUGGUGCCAAAGCAAAGCUAUUCACGAAGCUUCCCACCAGUUACUUCUGUGAUCCUGCAAGAGAGAGGGUAGGUCUGCUUCAUUACCUUGCCUUUUGAUAACUGGUAAACAUUUGGCUACUUCAGCCAGCCAAAUUAACUUGUGACGUAAUUUAUUUGCAUACUUCAAUACUACUUUUUACCAGUCUUCGAUGCUGACCUCUGCCAGCUCACUCCCUGUAAGCAACUGGAUCAAAACUACUUUUUCAUGGCUCAUCUAGAAUUUCUUUAAAAUAUUUGUGUACUUGUAGACUGCCAGUUGGUCUCAGUUGCUCAAUUUCAAUCUAUGCCAGCUCUUGCAGUAGGUUUGUGACAGUCCAUGGUUUGUGGUACUGCCAGAAAGUCAUUUUGCUCAUCUUUUUUAGUUUAGAGCGAAAGACUGAAUUUUAUUUGGUUUAAUUUGUAUUUGUUUGCCUGAUCAGUAAAGAACUCUGGAGAAUACGUCUGAUACUUGCUUUUUGAGCAAUUAUUGUUCAUUUAUUUUUUAAAAAAAGUCUCAUUGUAUAUUAGCAUAAUGCAUUUUUUUGGCAAGACGAUGGUAAGUAGGAUUUAACAAAGACUGUUCGAUAUGCUGUACUGUUUAUCUUGUACUGUGGAUGAGAAGUCUCGUGUGGAAUGUGCAUAAAAGCAUUUGUAUGUGCAUGGUUGUUAAUACAUUAGGUUGAAGGUGCCAUAUUCCUCUAAGGAUAGAGAUGCAAACAAUCAGUAGGUGGAUCUGGUGUGCACAGAAAAAUCCAGGGUCAGGAUGCAAUGGGGUUUGGUUUGGUUUUGGUUUUAAUGCAUAUAACAUAUUAUGGAAGUGUAUUUUAAUGGUUGUCUGGAUCUUUCUCUAUUGCUUGUGGAUCCAUUGAACUUGUUGCUUGUCCAAAUUGUUUUUUCCCACAUUGCUAAAUGGAGAGGGCAGAAAUGGCAGUCGUUUUUUGGGGGCUUUUUUUAUCGAAAAUUUUAGUGAUGUGAUUGCUUGUUGGGAUUCAUGCAUAAUCCAUCUGUGCCAUGAAGCUGGUGGAAUGUUCUGUAAAUAUACGUAUGUCAUGUGUGUCUUCAGGACAACUUUACAGCCAAAAGCCAAGCACUGUCAAUGCAGUUUAACUGGCAUUGUUAGCUUAAAUUGAAUACAUUACCCAAAAUAUUUGGAUAGUGACAAUUCUGAUAAAUGUUGAACACACAAAAAGGAGAAAUAAAUGUGACAUCUGGGAUAUCCACUGCACAGACACAAUGGUACUGUAAGGAGAGAUGUAUUGGUAGGAAAAGAGGAAAAAAAAAACUGGUCUGACCUGUUUGUUGUCGCUUCAUAGGUUUUUUUUUUUCAUAGCGUUAUUCCAACUCUGCAGCUGCCAGUCAUGCUCUGACUCAAAGUAAGUUCAUGUGGCAUACCUUUUAAAGGACAGUAUUUUGUAGUGAUUAUCUCUACAUUUUUGUUAUGAAUUUGUUCAAUUUUGUACUUCUCAAGCUCUGAUAGUUUAUAAUUCUUUAUAGCUUCAAUAAAACUGAAAAGCACAAAAUUAAUUCAGCAAAGCAAAAAGUUGAAAUUUUAUUUAAAUUAUUAGGUAUGCAAGAUGUUUUGUAGUCUAUCAAAGCUAUGUGACUUGGAAAGCAUCAAAUGCCCUUUCUGUCCUUUAUUUCCUGUGCUCAGGCUUAAUUACAGGCAGAAAAAUACCCCAUCAUGUGUCGUUUUAUGUACCUCUGCAACAGCAUUGUUAAUACAAAUACAGUGUCUAAGCACUAACCUAGUCCAAUAAACCAUCUUUUUUUGUGGA